AUUUAGCAUAUCAGCUAGUCAGUCAGCUAGUCUACUGUUUCUAUGAAUAAAUUGGAGUUGACUGUUCUUUUUUACAAGUUUCUCAGUUUUUUGUUUUUGUUUGGUGUGUGUGUCUCCCCAUUCCCCCCAGAUACCGCUCACCAGUGAGUGGGGAGAGCUAGACGAUCGGCCAUAAAUAUGGCUGCUCACCAACUGAGCCGCUUAGUUCGCCGCACCUGUCAUGCCGCUGCGAACACAAAUCCGCACCUUUUACGCACCCUCAGCAGUACAGUAAUCCCUCGCCGCAUGGAAGACAUACGGUAUACAGCACAGCAGGAGUUCUCCUCCUCCAGCCUGGCGGAUCUGGUGCUCUAUCAUCAAAAAACUCCUUUGAAAUUCAAAAGUAAUGGAUGUGAAAAUGGUUCUAACCAUGACCAUGUCUACAAUAAUGAUGUUAACGAAGGAUUUGAGAUUGCUAUUCAAAAACUAAACUCUCUGCAGUCCAACGAUGCUGCCCUCCGGAAUUCCAUUAAAAAUCCCAAAGUGGAUACCGUUGUGGAUACAAUCAAGUAUCUGGAGAGGAGCGGCCUGCCCCUGGAGACCCUGGAGCAGCUGUCCUUCAUCCAUGUGGCUGGUACCAAGGGCAAGGGUUCUACUUGCGCUUUGACCGAGUCUUUGCUGCGCCACCAUGGCUUCCGUACUGGACUCUACACCUCACCCCACAUCCUGUCCACCAACGAACGCAUCCGUAUCGAUGGCCAGCCACUGGCCAAGGCAAAGUUCACGGAACACUUCUGGAAGGUCUACAACCUGCUGUGGGAGCGGCGAGAGCAUGAGCACGACAUGCCAGCCUAUUUCAAGUUCCUGACCAUACUGGGCUUUCAUGUCUUUGUGGCGGAGAAUGUGGACGUGGCCGUGCUGGAGGUGGGCAUUGGCGGAGACCGAGACUGCACGAAUAUUUUACGAAAUGUACAAACUGUGGGCAUCACAUCAUUGGGGCUGGAGCACACGGAACUCCUGGGACGGACACUGGGAGAGAUUGCCUGGCAGAAGGCGGGCAUCAUCAAGCCAGGAUCACAUGUCUUCACGCAUGCCGCGCAGGAGGAGUGCCUCCGGGUGAUACGGCAGCGGGUUGAGGAGAAGGGAGCCACUCUGUUCUGUGAGGUUCCCGCCACCGAGGACUACUUCCAGGGGGAUGAGAAGUAUUCCAGACACUGGCCGACCUUCAAUCAUGUCAUUAGACUGAACGGAUCUCUGGCCAUACAGUUGGCGAUGGAUUGGAUGUCCCGACAGACGAAGAAACCCCUCCCGCCGACGCCCUGGUCGCCCAACGAGCUCGUCAUCAAUGAUCAGAUCCUGGAGGGACUUGCCCACAGCCACUGGCCGGGCAGGUGCCAGCUGGUGGACUGGCGGGGAAUCAGACUGCAUCUGGACGGCGCCCACACCGUCGAGAGCAUAGCCGUGUGCAUGGAUUGGUUCACCAAGAGCAUCAAGGGAAGAAGUAACCCCAAGAUCUUGAUCUUCAAUCGUACGGGAGAGUCGGGUGUGGGGCCACUGCUGGAGGUGGUGAACAGCAGCUGCGCCUUCGACAUGGUCUGUUUUGUGCCCAAUCUGUCCACCACCACGCCCAAUGCUCCCAGCCAGGUGAUGGUCCGAUUCACGCCCGACAUGCAACUGAAACGGGCCAAGGGAAUUGGCCAGGAGUGGCGGGAAAUAUGCCAUCGUCUUGGCCAGGAGGAUCGGAGUCAGGUGUACGGCACUGUCUGUGAGGUCUUCACCGCCAUCCGGGCGAGAUAUCCUCUGGACAACGGAGACAAUGGAGAGAUAGAUGUUCUGGUAACUGGCUCCAUCCACCUCCUGGGAGCGGCGAUAUCGGCCUUGGAUCUGAUCGAUCAGGGCAAGAACUAAACAGGUAUAUGUCGUAUUCCUUCCAUCAUAACCAUCACCUCCU